AUGAAGAAUAUCUUCGUUGCCGUCUUCUUGAUUUUUGUUGUUCCGGUUCAAUUACUGGUCGACUCCGAAACUUAUCCCGAUCGUUUUACACCUGCUUUAUCAAGGAAACAUUCAGACGUGGAUAUUGGUCGUAUCUUGCUUUCUAAACGAAACUUAUUUUACCGAGGCCUUUUAUCAAUAAUAGCUGAUUAUUGGGCCAGAAAAUUGGGAAAACAACAAAGCUUGACACUUUUAUCAGAAACAAUAGUUGCAGUCGAUAAUUUAAAACAGGAGCUGCACGAUUACGGGGCAGAUACUCGGGCCAUCAUUGAGGUUCUAGAUGGAAAGAUCGAUGCAUUUAGUUGUACCUGUUCUGCUGAUGACGCCACGAGCAUUGGUAAAAUACCCAGUUCCUGUAAAGAUUUAAAAGCUAUUGGGCAUACAAAAAGUGGACUUUACCCUGUACUCGGAAGUAAGCAAGUCGAAACGGUUUAUUGCGAUUUCACCGUAGCAGCUGAUGGACCAGGCUUCCAGAAAUGGAUUGGUUAUCAAGACGUAAAAUCAAAGCCAACGUACUUCUAUGUACAGAAAACCAAAAGCUUUUCAGCUAAAAAUACCCCGAUUCCUUUUGAGCGAGUGAUGCUCAACAUCGGAGGAGCCAUGAACUUAGCAAGCGGGAAGUUUAAAACCCCCGUUACAGGAACUUAUUUUUUCUCCUUUACCGGACUAGUGCAAUAUCCAAUCACGUCUACGGUGCUCAACGAACUAUCCGUAACGCUCUAUCGGAAUGGCCAAGUUGUAGGAAGAGGUCAGUUUAACGAAGUCGCAGCCGUCGCAAAUAUUUAUUACCUAAGUCCGGUAACCGUCCAAUCUACGCUUAUGUUGAAUGCCGGAGACGAGGUGUGGUUAGAGGCCAGUUACGGACUGUUCAGUGUAGGUUAUCUAUUCGACUCCGAUGGCACCCGUUAUACGCAUUUUAAUGGCUGGCUUUUAGAAGAAGACAUCGUCCAUUCGUUGUAGUUGUUUAAAAUUUGAUAAUGAAAUUAAAAUAUACUUACCCGA